AUGGAAACAAGAUUUCCCAAGAACCUGGGGGGACCACUCCUGUCCCUCAAGACACGUCACUUGGUCGACUCACCAUUGACAUCAAUGUCCAAGAGUCUGGUACCACCCAUCACGGCUCACCACCAGACCAAACCACUGGAAGAACCCACUGUCCAAUGUUCACCACCAGAAACUGGCCAACGCUGCACUUGUUUAGAACACAUGUGUCAAAAGCAACUAUCCGGCUUUAGCUCAGCCAGCAAAGGGCACCAAUACCAGACAAGAUCAGACAAGAAUGUCAGCAAAACUCAAUGGGACAGGAGACAGAAGAACCAAUGGCUUGCGGAGACAGGAAAGACAGUAGGACAGCAGCUGCACUCAGGCAUUAGCGCUUUUGACGCAACACCAUGA